UUUCAUAAGGUGUCUUUUUUAAAGGGAAUAGGUAGGUAUUCUUAAGAAAAAAAAAGGAAAUGGAUCAUGGAAAAAUUCACAAAAAGCUCACCGUGAAUUCUGUAAGGAAGAUCAUGUACAGAACUCAGUGUUGUCUGUAACAAAAGUAAUGUUAACAUAAUAGAUCUUGCAUGUUUGGCUUUGUACUGAAUUUAUUUCAAAAGACUGAUUUGGGCAUGGAUUUGAUAUAAAGGAGAAAGCCUGAACUGCAUAUGCAAAAAUCUAAAAUUAAAUGCAGACAAUUCCACUGUGAAGUUACCCACAAUCUGAGUACAUAAACACAGUACAUUAAAAAAUAAAAAUAAAGAAAUACAAAAACUUUAAAUUCAGGUGUCACUGAUAGCUUGAAAUCAGCUGCUUACUUACUAAUUGCUUUUCCAUCUGAAACAUCUCUGAACUUAAUCAACCAAUAUUCCUCUGAGACAAUUAAUGUGCAUCAAACCCCUUUGGACACUGGAUUACAGAAAAGAAGAAAAUGAGAUGGCUUAUUUAUGAACAGUUAUAUUAACUGGAAACAAUACUUACUCAUCUCUCCUCUCUAUCCACUAGCUUACAUUUUUCUUUCCCACUGUGCUGUAAAGACUGUAUAGAUUUCCUAAGUUUUAAUUUGACCUGGAGUUAUAAUCUGCAACAUUAGCUAUUUCAGCCCUUCUUUCUUCACUAAGACAUACUUCCAAUAUUCAUUUACCUGUAACAUAAAGCUCUUUUGAAUUAUUGUCUCUUACAGCUUUAGUAUCAGCUGAUGAAAGACGUAUUCUAAGCUGCUCUCUAGUGUGGAAAAAGUGCUCCUUUAAAAGCUACUUUUUCCAUACCACCCUUUUUUUUCCCCUCUUAAAAGCGUGUAAAGAUUUACUUCUUGAAACAGUCACCUACUAUCAGCAGCCCACAUUUGUCACUUCUUCCUCCCCUAAUUUUCCUCCUUUUCAUAAAAUAUUCUCCCACAACACUGUUUUCCAUGGUUGUUUCUCAGCUCCUGCUCUCCCUCCCUUGUUUGUUUCCUCUCCUUAAAUUUAUCUGCUUUAUUUGUUCCUAAAUCUCCACAGAUGUGACUCUUUCCCAGUUCCUCAGUCUCCACCAGCAUAGGAGGACAGCCCAUCAGGCUGUGCUGCUAGCUGUGGGAGCUACCAGGGAGUCUCAUUUUUUCCGAGCAGCAAACUGGAGAAGUACAAAGACGUGUCCUUGGAUCAGAGGUAUGCGUGUGGUGUAUUGAAUGUCUAUCAACAGUACUCAUUUAGACAUUUCAGGCAGUGAAGGACACUCAAAAGACACCAAAUUUUGCCAUUUUUGCUGGACUGUUUUUAAAGUUGUCUGAAACAGCUCCUGUUAUUCGUUCUUCACUUAAUGACAGGUUUGUGGCUAAAAGCAUAGACAAUGGCAGACAGCAACGAGAUGACAAUCAACCUUGUUGUCCUUGGAAGAACUCAGACUGGCAAAAGUGCUGCUGGGAACAGACUGCUAGGCAGUGAUGACUUUGAAAGCCAGCUCUCCCCCAGCUCUGUGACUACAUGCUGCAGCCUGCGCAGCAGCUGCCGCAUUUCGGGGAUUACACGACGGAAUGGCUGCGAGCUCGCUCUCCGUGUUCGAGUACUUGACACUCCAGGCUACCCCCACAGCAGCCUGAGCAAGGAGUGGGUGAGAGAGACGGUGCGAUCAGCCCUGGCUCACCACUUCAGGGAGGAAGGCCUGCAUCUAGCUCUUCUGGUCCUGAGGGCUGACCUGCCUCUGUGUCCGGAUGAAAACGAUCACACAAUUCAGUUCAUCCAGGUAACAAAUAAGUAAAUAGGUAGAAGCCUCUGCCCACAAUGCAGACUCUGUCUGUGGCUGAAAAUAGCUAUGGAAGAGUUCACUGCAGAAGUAAGUUAGAGAAGUGCAGCUGAGAACAGGAACAUUUUCCAAUCCCCUAUUUGAAAUAUACACCAUUCCCAAUUCAACACUGUAAACCAUAGCUACACUUAACACACUAAACCCGAGAAGAGAGGGAAGAACUGCUGUCUGCUGUACUUGGACUCAGCACAACAGGAUUUAGAAAUUAAAUUUACCUAUCAAAGCAAGCUUCUCUCUCAGAAAUCAGUUAAAGGUUUACUAUGACAGAUCUAGCUUGUUAAAGAGAAAUAUUAUAUGUAGCAAAGGUCUGGUUACCUUACUCUUCUGCACUCUGUAUAGGACAGCACACAGCCCAAAGCAGAAAAUGACAGGUCCAAAAUCACGCAGGAAAUCUGACUGACCUAGGACAAGGAUACUCAGCUCUGUCCUGCACUGUUAUUACUGCUGUGUCUGUUCAAGAGAAAAUAACUAGACAGUUACCCUAAAUUUACUCUAGGUAAGGAAAAUUUCUAGCAUAACUGGCUUGAAGCAAGUAUUUUCAAUUUCUCCUCUGGGGGAGAAAAUUUUUGGAAGUAGGUAAGAUAAGUGGGAGGAAAAGACACUGAAAUGGAAUGGCUUUCUUUUCUGUGGAAAUGUUUUAAUUACCAUGCAUAUACUUCAUUGAAAAGGAGACCAAAGGGAUAUUGCUCAGUUUAUCUACCUGAUCAGAUCAAGGAGGUUUGUUUAUACGAGUUACAAAAAAACAAGGCUUUCAAUCAUUGUCAAAGUCUGUGUAUUACACUUCCCAUCUAUCUUACACAAAUUAACUUUCUAAAAAUCUUUAAGACUGAAAGGGAAUUCCUGGUGCAUCAAGCGUUAUCACCUGCAGUAACGACAUUGCCUAAAAAUAUAUAUACACACACAAGUUCAAGUUGUUCUCACUUUCCUCCUGAUUACUCUGUACUGCUAGACUACUACUCACUUUCCUAGUAGUUUGAGAGUUAGUUGUUAAAUUUUCACAGCACUUUUACUCAUUGCCAGAUUACAUAUAUAUUUGUUCUCAGCAUUACCCUUUUUCUUUAUUCAGUUCUCCCAUUCCUCUGUACUUCAAAAUACUUAAGAGGACUCAGAAUUUUUCUCUAAUAUUUUUACUUUAAGCUAAUGAAAAAUCACCUUGAGAUUGUUUUGGAUCAAGUCCAUGUGGGCAUUAAAAGUUUAAGAGAUGCCAGGAUACCCUUCUCCUUUAAUGGAGCUACAAAACCCCCCACUGGAAAUGAAAUAAAGCAUGUUAUAAAACAGUGAGAAAGCGACACUUACUUCUGUUUUGUGAUUGUAAGUGACUGUCAGAUUAUUUUAGUUAUUAACUCCUUAAAACACCAGGUGCUAUGAUUUCAUCAGCCACUAACAAAUAGGGCUGGGCAGCUGUCUGAGUGCUGGGAAUACAAACAAUAAUCGUUGUAUUUCAGUAUGUCACUGCAAGAAUAAAUUACCAUAAGGACUACCUUUAGCAUUCAGUUCUCACAAUAAUCCUUCACAUAUUAAGGAUGGUAUAUCAGUAAUUCAUAUAGAAGACUAUUAGAAUUUAAAUCUCUUCAGAUUUCUAUUUUGAUAUUCUAAUGAAUUAGGAAAGUGGUAGAUUUUGAUUUCAGAAUUAAUGUUAGCACCAGUUCAUCUGAGUACACAGAAAAUCAAGGCACUAACCUCUCUCCCUAAAACCUAUACCUUCAACCCUUCCUAAGAAAACUUACACCAAAAUACAGUAAGCAUCUAUUUUGCAAGAGUUUAAUUUUUUUCAUUCCUAAUAUCUAAAAUAGAUUAAUGACUAUCAAUAUACCUUGUGUUGUUCCUCCUCCACCCCAAUUCCCUGUUUAUCUUAGGAAUGCAAUGGUGUCCUUUAAAGUACCUGUAUAUACUUGGACACCUAGGCUACAGAGUUAUUGAGAUCAAUGCAAAGUGACCUCUGUUACUGAAGUAAGCUUCUUUUUUACACACACAGGAGUUAGCAUGAGUGCUCUAAAAUUGUAAUUUUAUUUAAUUUGUAAAGCCCAAUCUCUUAUUCAUAUUACUUUAUUUCACAUUAACAAAAAAACGUGUUCUCCAUUCCCCUCCAUCAGAUGAACCACCAUAGUUAAAGACAAACUCUCCAGCUGUCAUUCAAGUUGGUGCAUUUGAUUUGUGUUUUUUUUCUGAAUUGUUGAGAACAGCUCAGUUUUAGGGGAUAAAGCUGUUACUGAAAUUAGUGUUAUAUAAAAAUGAGUCAUUUAUUUCUUCAAUGCAAGGUGAUUUAUAAAAAUUUUUCCAAAGAGCUUCUACAAAUAGAAUUAGAAAUAUAGAUAUGUAGAAAUUGCUAUAAACUACUUGAAUUUUACGUGUUAUUUAUGCUGAUGUGUGCUGUAGCUAAACCACCAUUUUCCUUAUUUACAUACAUACACUUUUUAACUCUAUUAACACCUGUAGCAGGAGAACAAAGAACUGCUAGCACUGCACGACCACGUAUUUCCACUAGAAGGGGACAUCAUGUUCUUCAAUGGUCAAAUCCCCAUGAAAUUUCAACAACUCAAAUAGCAUGAACUGGAUUAUUGCCAGGAAAAGAACAUAUUCUGGUCUGUUAAUACAUAAGUAUAUGAGGUGGGAUUGGGUAAAGUGAACAGGAAAAUAUAUCUAUUUGAGAUUCGUUUUUCAUUACAGGAACUUCUGGGUCCCACAUGGAAGGAUUUCACUGCGGUUUUACUCACUCAUGCAGACAAGGCAAAAGAAGCUGGAUUCAGUGAGGAAGCAUAUCUGCGCAGUGCCUCAAGUACCCUGUUGUCCCUAUUGAGCUCAGUGCAGCACAAAUAUGUUUUUCUAGACAGCCAAAAGAGCAUAAUUAAAGAGGAAAGAACUAUUGUCUUUAGAAAGCUCUUGAAUUUUAUAAGACAGAAUAAUUAUCAAGUGCUUCUAUUUAAACACAGCAAAGAAUAAAAUUAGCUUUCGGGUACUCGUGUCUAUUCUCUAUAGUUUAUAACAUUUAAUGGAAAUAAAACAGUAGAAAAGCCAGCAAUUGGAACAUUUCACAUGCAAUACCAUUCCACACCAAAUAUCUUUGAACAUACGGUUGGAAAUAUCUCUUUAGAUUCCCAAACUACAUGCCUUUCAUAGAGUACCUCACACUACUGCAUCCAGAAUCCUAGCUUCAAUCACACGAUCAGACCAAACUAGUGCUAACAUGUUAUGUAUGUAAAUGUAGCUAAUAUACUAAUAGUGCUAAUACCUAAUAUGCACACAGUGAGGAGUAAGAUUUUAUGCUACAUCUGAUUGUAUAUUGCAGUUCAUAUAAAACAGAUCUGGAGAAAAAGAGAAAGCAAAAA